GUUAAAGUGUUUUUUAGUAGCUAUUGCGUGAACAGUUAUUAUUUUUAUUUUGUUAAGUUAAAUUCGUUUAAUCAAAAAUGAAGAAAUACUUUUACUUUUUCGACGAAGGGAGCAAGAUUAACCAAAUUAUAUGCGCUGUUUUGGUGAACCUACCAGUGUUCGCGUAUGGAGCAAGUAUAGGAUGGAUGUCUCCAAUGUCAUUGCUGCUUCAGUCCAAAAAUUCACCCAGAGCUACACCAUUGACUGACUAUGAGGUUUCGUGGAUAGCAUCCGUGCCGUAUCUAGUAUGUAUACCGGCUGACUACUUAAUGGCGGUACUUAGUGACAAGUUAGGAAGAAAACUCACUUUGUUCUUCACAUCUGCUACGGCGUUUCUGGCUUGGACGAUAAAACUGGCAUCUAUGGAAGUAUGGGCAUUCAUCUUAGCCAGAGCACUGUUUGGGAUAACAAUGGCAGGGGCUUACGUCACAUGCCCAUUGUACACUAAGGAGAUCAGUUCAGCAAAUGUCAGAGGAACUCUUGGUGCUUUGGUGGUAUUAUUCCAUACGACGGGUAAUCUCUUCCUCUAUAUUAUUGGAGACAUACUAAGCUACAGAACUAUUCUUUGGAUCUGUCUAAUGCUACCAACCGUUCACUUGAUCCUCUUCAUAAUGAUGCCCGAAUCUCCAUCGUAUUUAAUCAAGAAAGGAAAGACAGAUGAAGCCAUCAGAUCAAUGGCGUGGCUCAGGUGCAGACAAGAGGACGACCCACAGGUAAUAAGCGAAGUUAAUCAAAUCAAGAAAGAACAAAUGAAAGACGAAGAAAGCAAUGGAUUCGUUCUAAAGGCCAUACUGCAAGACAAAAUUCUCAUAAGGGCGUUCAUAAUAGCGAUGGUAUUAGCUCUAGCUAGAGAAGUUUGCGGUAGUAUACCAGUACUGAACUUUGCUGGGGAGAUUUUCUCCAUGUCUUCUGAAGGUUCUGGCAUAGUCCUGACUCCUAAUCAACAAGCCAUGACUCUUGGAACGAUGCAGGUCAUUGGAGCAACCUUGGCAUCAUUCACUGUGGAAAAGGCUGGGAGAAAGUCACUCUUCAUAGCCACAGCUCUGGUAUCUGGACUGAGUAUGUGUGCUCUAGCCUCCUGGUUUGUGGCCCGCGAGUAUAGCGUCUUCGCUCCAGCUUGGAUACCCGUCGUUACUCUUUGUUUGUGCAUCUUCUGCGACGCGCUUGGCUUACAACCAGUGUCUGUCAUUGUCAUAGGGGAGAUUUUCUCUUUUAAAUACCGGGGUUCAAUAAUGGCGAUCACGAUGUCAGCUGCAUCAGUAGCUGCCUUCGCCCAAACACUAUUCUUCAAGCCUCUUGUAAAUGCAGUGGGAGGACCUCACGUUGCGUUCUUCUUCUUUGGAGCAGUUUGUCUGUUAACAACUGUCUAUGUAUGCAUCUGUGUACCUGAAACUAAGAAAAGAAUUUUGGAAGAGAUCUAUGAAGACUUGAAGACGAAGAAAGAAAAGAAAAUGGAUAGAGAAAAGGCAUUAGCCAUUGAAGCGGGAAAAGUGGAAGCUUAAGAAACUAGUAACAGUAGAUAGACAAUAAACUUUUAUAAUAUAAUUUA